AUGGAUAAUAUUACAGAGAGAAUCAAAAAAAUAUUAUGUGGUUAAAAUCAUACAAUGGUAUUAUUGGAAAGUUAAAAAGUAUAUUAUUUAUAUAUAUAUAGUUAUUGACAUGGGGAGAUGAAGAAACAUUAGUAAUAGGUAGAAAAAGUGAAACUAGAAGAUCUAUUAUAUAAAAUUUAAAUCCAUAACCAAUUAAUAGAAUAUUUUGAUAAUAUUGAUAUUAUUGAUAUGGUUGGAGGAGAACAUCAUACAAUUGCAUUAGAUACUGAAGGGAAUUUACAUUCUUUUGGUAGACAUGAUGAUGGACAACUUGGAUUAGGAGAAGAAAUUAAUGAACAAUUAAAAGAAUGAGCAUAAAAAUAAUUAGAAGAAGAAAUAUAAUCAUAAAAAUUAAAUGAAGUAAAUUAAAAAAAGAUAAGCAAGAAAAAUAAAUAGUAAGGGGAACUCUUUGAAAUCUAAAAGUCUGAUAAAGUUAUUGGUUAUGAAUUCAUCACUAUUCCAUAAAUGAUCAAAGAUAUCCCAAAAAUAUAAUCUAUUUAUUCUUCUAUGCAUUUUAAUUUUGCUAUCUCUCAAUAAAGUUGAAUAUUCUCUUGGGGAAAUGGUUAAAGUUUUGUACUAGGUACUAGAAAUGAGAAUUCCCAAUUCAAACCUAAAGAUGUAUAUUUUUGUGUUUAUCAUCAUUAAAGAUUACAUGCGUUUUUAAAAAUGAAAAACUAUUAUAAAUUUCACUUGGUGCAAGUCAUGUGAUUGAUUAUACAUCAACUGAUUUAAAUUAUAAUACCUAAAAAGUUGAUGAAUCAAUCAUAAAAAUAUAAGAUUAAAAUACAAAAAAUAAAAAACUAAGAAAAAGCAAUAAUAGAGAUAUGAGCAAAGAAAGGAGUUUGUCUAUAAAAAUUAGUGUAUAGAAAUUUGAAGAAAGUAUAAUUCCAGUUAAAGAUUUGAAAAUUUAUUGA